AUGCAGCUGAUGCGCGUAUUCUAUCGGAAUAUCGUGAUAGGGAAGGACCCAGUGCGCCUUAGUCUUUCUUCGCAUCGGGAUGAUAUUGGUCGCAUUACAAUUUCUCUACCGCGGCCCUGGGUCGUCCGCGCAGGGGAGCGUAUAAACCUUGGGGUGCCACAUGUCGGUAUAUUCUACCUCUUUCAAAAUCAUCCCUUCACCAUAGCGUGGUGGGAAUGCGACUCGAAGGGUCGUGCCAUCUCGAUCUCAGUCCUGUUUCGCUCACGCUCCGGGUUUACCAAAAGGUUACUGGAGCGUGUAGAGCCCAACAAAGAAUGUGGUGCCUGGGUCGAUGGCCCCUUUGGACCCUCAUCAGUCAACACAAUAUCUUCGACGGCCAUUGGAGACUUUGGCCAUGUCCUCCUGGUAUCUACCGGUAUCGGAAUUGCAACACAAUUGCCAUACAUUAAAGAGAUCUUGGAUGGCUAUCAUCAGGGAAAGGUUCGAACACGACAAAUCUCGCUUGUUUGGCAGAUAGACCAAGCAGGCGACUGGGAAUGUUCUCGUAAUUGGCUUCAGGCUUUGGUUGAACAGGACAAUGGUUUUUAUCCGCCCGACCGCAGGUCCGGCACAAAGUGA